GCCCAAGUCGUGAAAUUCAUUUCGUUGAGAGGCGAUGAAGGCAUGGGGCGAACUACACAUGGCGCCCUUGGUUCUUUUUAUUUUUUUAAGUUUGUCCUCAUUUAGUGCGUAUGUCGCGGGUGAAAUUUUCACGAACUCAUUUCUGGUGAGGUUACACGGGAGCCCCGGGAACGAUGUCGCCAACUUGGUGGCCGCCAGGACCGGAUUUGAAAAUUUCGGACCCGUUCUUGGAUCACUGAGGGAGUUCCAUUUUAAACACAGAGCUCUGCCUCACGCAAGAACUAAAAGGAGUAUUCCUCAUACCAGACGAUUGAAAAUCGAUCCCUUAGUACAUACAGCAGUGCAGCAAUCAGGGUUUAAAAGAGUGAAGCGGGGAUACAAACCGUUAAAAGUAGAAAAUUUAGUACCACACAUUUCCCCUCAUGAAGAUCCCACCGAUCCAUUUUUUCAUCUUCAAUGGUACCUGAAAAAUACCGGGCAAAAUGGAGGGAAGGUCAAACUGGACUUGAACGUAGAGGCCGCCUGGGCCCAAGGCGUCACUGGCAGGAAUGUCACAACUGCGAUCAUGGAUGAUGGUGUCGAUUAUAUGCAUGCUGAUUUGAAAAACAAUUACAAUGCGAAAGCCAGUUAUGAUUUUAGCAGUAACGACCCGUAUCCAUAUCCUAGGUAUACAGAUGACUGGUUCAACAGUCAUGGAACUCGAUGUGCUGGAGAAGUAGCAGCAGCCAGAGAUAAUGGGAUUUGUGGAGUUGGAGUGGCUUACGAUUCAAAAAUAGCAGGAAUUAGAAUGUUAGAUCAACCAUACAUGACGGAUUUGAUCGAAGCCAACUCAAUGGGUCAUGAACUGAAUCUAAUCGAUAUUUACAGCGCGUCAUGGGGUCCCACUGAUGACGGGAAAACCGUCGAUGGUCCUCGUAAUGCGACGAUGAGAGCAAUAGUAAAAGGCGUCAAUGAGGGUCGAAAUGGACUGGGUAAUAUUUACGUUUGGGCAAGUGGGGAUGGUGGGGAGGAAGAUGACUGUAACUGUGAUGGCUAUGCGGCGAGCAUGUGGACAAUUUCGAUAAACAGUGCAAUCAACGAUGGACAAAACGCCCAUUACGACGAGAGUUGCUCCUCCACUCUCGCCUCAACUUUCAGCAACGGUGCAAGGGACCCAAACACAGGCGUGGCAACAACUGAUUUAUACGGUAAAUGUACUACCACCCACUCGGGUACAUCAGCCGCUGCACCGGAGGCUGCUGGAGUAUUUGCUUUAGCGCUAGAAGCAAAUCCAAGUUUAACAUGGAGAGAUAUUCAGCAUCUAACGGUUUUGACAUCUAAACGGAAUUCAUUAUUUGAUGCAAAAGGUCGAUUCCAUUGGACAAUGAACGGAGUGGGUUUAGAAUUUAAUCACUUGUUCGGAUACGGCGUAUUGGAUGCUGGUGCUAUGGUUGCCCUCGCCAAGCAAUGGCAAACGGUUCCGGCGCGAUAUCACUGUGAGGCCGGUUAUAUGAAAAAAUUCCAGGCUAUUCCAAAAUCCGGGUCUGUUAUUCUCAAAAUACACACACGUGUUUGUCAAGGAUUCGAGAAUGAAGUGAACUAUUUAGAGCACGUCCAAGCUGUCGUUACAUUGAACUCUACAAGGAGGGGUGACGUUGAAUUGUUUCUAACAUCUCCAAUGGGAACCAAAUCCAUGAUUCUCAGUCGGCGAGUUAAUGACGAUGACAAAAGAGAUGGAUUCAUCAAAUGGCCAUUCAUGACGACACACAUGUGGGGCGAGUAUCCCCAAGGAACUUGGCAGUUGGAGGUGAAGUUCAACUCGGACGUCCCUCAAAACGGUUUUAUCAAGGAGUGGACGCUAAUGCUACACGGAACGAAAGACGCUCCUUACACGAAUUUGCCUGUAUCUGACCCCCACUCGAAGCUGGCGAUAGUGAAAAAGGUCCACGAGGAAAAAAAGAACAAGUAGUUAAUGAACGCAUGCACAUUUUUUAAUGGUUGGCCUGCGGCCGACUAUCUUUUGUUACGUACGUAUUGUUGACCAACUCAACAGCUUGUUGAGGAUAGAUUCAAUUUAUAUUUACACCAGCUCUGGGUUUCCUUAUAAUUAUUUCUCUUUUGUAGCUUCUCAUUCAAAUGUAUUUGUUGACGCGAUCUGAUUAAGACUGGGAAAGUGAAAUCUUCCGUGAUGAAUGGACUGCAUUUUGCAAUAAGGAAUCACAAUUUCUGGCCUAUAGAUAAAAACCUCUAUCUGCAUAGGAAAACCGAUAGCAUUUAUGUUGUUUCUAAAAUGAGCCUGUAACUGUAGUUUCUAAUUGCAAAAUGUGGUCCAAAUGGCGAGAAGAAACAUUCAGUGUAUUUUUGGAUUGUAUCCCCCCUCCCCUCCAACUAGAUUAAGUUAAAAUAUCGGAAAGAUUAGGUGACCCGGAAGAUUUCAACCGAGCAAAAAAAAAAUGGGGGAAAAUCGAGACGAUCGAAUAGUGCAUUGUUAGUUAAAAUGUAGGAUUCGUUGAUCGUACAUUUUUUAGUCCAUCUAAUUUUGCUUUCAUCUGUUUUUUAUUUUUAUGAGUACAUCAAGGGAAAAACUUGAGCAUAUUUUAUUUUUUCAGUAGAUUGUAAAAUAGAGAGAUAACACAUUCAAAUCCUUACCCAUAUUGAUUGUAGUUCCUGAAUUAUUUAAAAUACCUACUCCUGAAAACUAUGAUAACAUACGGAAAUAUUAUUUUUACCUACAUUAUGGAGAAGAGGAAUAUGUUUGUGACCUCUGUGUUUUCAACUCUUUUAGUAUUCAGUAACAAUCAUCCUCUUUUAAACAUAAGACCAAAUAAUUGAAAAUUAUUGAAAUCAUCAUCAGUUUUCAAUUGGAAUGUGAGUAUUUUUGUGUAUGACAUAAAAAUCAUUUAAAGUAAUAUCCUGCUCUUCAUAUUUAACCGAAACGCACAUUUACGUGAGCCAAAGAAAAAACACUGUUUUCUAAAAACGCAAGACAUUUUUUUUGUAAUAUAAUUACGUUAAUGAAAAAUUAUGUUCUUAGUAAUUUCAUUUACAAUUCUUUUCUCUCCGGAGUAAAUUUAACACUAAUCUGAAGCAAAUACGUUUCCAGAGGCUAAAAAAGAAAAGAGAGAGUGAUACGCCGAGAAAGAAAA